CAAUAUCCUCCAAACCCUAAACCCCAAAUCUCAGAUCUAUCAUCUCUCUGAUGGUUCAUGAUUGAAUAGUUUGAUUUCGAUUCUCUCAUUCGAUAAGAUCUCUGUUCUCUAAUUAUGAUGGCAGCAACGUGGCCGAGUUCGUCAAGACAAUCGUCAACGAAGUUAUGCAAAGGCUCGGCGACAUUCCAUCUUUGGAAGGAGAAGGCAUUGAGAUGGCUACUCCGUUUGGACUCGAACAUCGGAUCAAGCAAGUCGAGGAAAAGUUGGAUUUUUCUCGCCGUGACGAAACUCGAAUCGUCGGAAUCGUUGGGAUGCCUGGCAUUGGUAAAACCACUCUCGCCACGGAGUUGUUCCACAGCUCUCGACAACGGUUCGUUCGUUGUGUGGCUUUUAUGAAGAUCCGUGAUAAAUGGGUGGAGUAUGGUCCUGAUCGUGUGAGGAAGAUGUUCUUUGAAGCUUUACUAGAGAACACAAGUAUAGACGUAACUGAUGAGACUAGGCAUGGUUGCUUUGCAAAACUACUUCUCGGUAACAAAGUCUUUGUUGUUCUUGAUGAUGUGAGUAGCAAAAAACAAAUAGAUGUUCUUCUUGGUGACCGAAACUGGAUUAAGCAAGGAAGCAGGAUUGUUAUUACAACCCGUGACAGGGCAUUCAUCACUGAGUUAGAUCCAAACCCUUACGUGGUUCCAAGAUUGAAUCUUGGAGAUGGGUUGAGGUACUUCAGCUUUUAUGCCUUCGAAGAUCACAUCUGCAACCCCGAGAUGGGAAAUUAUCUGAAAAUGUCAAGAGAGUUUGUGGAUUACGCUAGAGGGAAUCCAUUAGCUCUCAGGGUAUUGGGUAGGGAUCUUCUAAGGAAAGGUGAGGAUCAAUGGAGAGAGCGGCUUGAUACAUUGGCUAAAACUCCAAACAAGAGUAUUCAUGAUAUUUUGAAAAUUAGUUAUAAUGAACUUACUCAACAGGAGAAAGAUGUGUUCCUUGAUAUAGCAUGUUUCUUUAGAUCAGAGGAUGAGUAUUAUGCGAGAAGCUUACUGCAUUCUGGCCAUAGUGAGUCCUUCCAAGCUGACAGGGAGAUAACGGAUCUUUCCCACAAGUUUUUUAUUAGUAUCUCUGGCGGGAGCGUAGAGAUGCAUGAUUUACUACAUACAUUCGCCAUGGAAAUUUGUUCAUUAACAUCUUGUGGAGUUAAUCAGGAGAAAUAUAGGCUGUUGAAUGAAAACUCCAUUAAGGCUGCACUGCGUGGCGAAAUGGAAACCAAAACUGUUAGAGGCAUUUCUCUAGACAUGUCUGAAGUAACGAACAUGCCUUUAGAUAGGUUGGUCUUUACAGAAAUGUGCAAUCUCCGCUACCUUAAACUCUGCAGUUCUACCUGUCCACGGGAGUGUAAAAGCGACUGCAAAUUAAACUUUCCUGAUGGACUUUCAUUUCCGUUGAAAGAGGUCAGAUACCUUGACUGGCUGAAAUUUCCUUUGGAGGAACUUCCACCAGACUUCAACCCGAUAAAUCUUGUUGAUCUCAGGCUGCCUUACAGCAACAUUAAACAAGUCUGGAAGGUUUCCAAGGAUACACCGAAACUGAAGUGGGUCGAUCUUAACAACUCAAGAAUGUUGCAGACAUUGUCAGGGUUUUUGAUGGCCCCAAAUCUUUUGAGAUUGAAUCUUGAAGGUUGCUCAAGUCUAGUUUGUUUGUCUGAAGAGAUGGGAACAAUGGAAAGUCUUGUUUUCUUGAACCUAAGAGGAUGCACAAGUCUCAGGCAUCUACCAAAGAUAAAUCUGAGUUCAUUGAGAACUCUUAUCCUCAGCGGGUGUUCGAACCUUCAAGAAUUUCGGCUAAUUUCAGAAAAUCUAGAAUAUUUGUACUUAGAUGGAACUGCAAUAGAGGAUCUCCCUUCAGACAUUGUGAAGCUUCAGAGACUUAUCUUAUUGAAUCUGAAAGAGUGUACAAGUCUUAGGAGUCUUCCAGAGUGUAUUGGAAAGCUUAAAGCUCUUCAAGAACUUAUUCUCUCUGGCUGUUCAGAUCUCAAGAGUUUUCCAAAUGUUGUAGAGAAUAUGGAAAAUUUCAGGGUGUUACUACUUGAUGGGACGUCAAUUGGAAAAGUGCCAAAGAUUAUGCACGGUAGUAACAGCCUAUUAUUUCUGCGGCGUCUAUCUUUAAGCAGAAAUGAUGUGAUCAGCAGCUUAGGAUCUGACAUCAGUCAACUGUAUCAUCUUAAAUGGCUGGACUUGAAGUAUUGCAAGAAUCUCAUGUCCCUUUCAACACUUCCACCGAAUCUCCAGUGCUUAGAUGCACACGAUUGUAUCGCCUUGGAAAAGGUCAUGAGUCCGUUAGCCUAUCUCAUGCCAAUGGAAGAUAUUCACUCCAUGUUCAUCUUCACCAACUGUUGCAAACUCAGUGAUGCUGCAAAGAAUGAUAUUGCAUCCCACAUACGGAGAAAAUGCUAAUUGAUCUCAGAUGAUCACCACAAUGGGAGUUUUGUCUUUCGAGCUUUGAUCGGGACAUGCUAUCCUGGAUACGAAGUACCUCCAUGGUUCAGUCACCAAGCCUUUGAUUCAGUGUUAGAACCAAAGCUACCUCCACAUUGGUGUGACAAUAAGUUUCUUGGACUAGAUCUAUGUGCCAUUGUCUCGUUCCAUGACUACAGAGAUCAAAACAACCGUCUUCUGGUUAAAUGCACCUGUGAGUUUGAAAACUUAGAUGCAUCAUGCAGCCGGUUUAGUGUUCCUGUUGGUGGUUGGUUCGAACCAGGGAAUGAGCCGCGUACGAUCGAGUCAGACCAUGUAUUUAUCGGCUACAUAAGUUGGUUGAACAUCAAGAAGCUACAAGAAGAAGAGUACAAGAAAGGAUGUGUUCCUACUAAAGCUAAGCUUAGAUUCGUUGUGACAGAUGGAACAGGUGAAGAGAUUAAACAAUGCGAAGUGGUGAAAUGUGGGUUUGGUUUGGUGUAUGAACCUGAUGAUGAAGUUAGUAAUGUUGUUUCCGCGGCAAGGACGAGGAUAAAUGGUGAAGCAAGCACGUUCAUAUCCGCAGAAGAUCUUAGUGAUUAUCCAGGUGAAACUCCAACAACAGCUAAAAGCGGGAUAAAUCUCCUUGGUUAUUUCACAAAAGGGGGAUUAUGAUCGUUAGACUUAGAGCUGACAUGUUGGUUUAAAGCCUGUACCCUGUAUAGCUGUAGAUAGACAAAUUCGUUUUAGAUAUGUAAUAAUCGGGUAAUUCAACUAGAUCGGUUAUAAUCCCCUUUGACUUUAAUAAUAGUACUAAAAAUUUAUUUUCAUUUUUUUCG